UUUGUUUUGUCGUGGAACAUGGAAACCACCAUCCCUUUGAGAGAAAAACAAGGCGAUCUCCAACGCGAGUGCAAUGAUGAUCAUGAUCGUGGCUCCUGUCAUGACCACUCCCAACCUCAAGGAAAAAGGUUCGAAUUUCGGCGGUCUCUUUUCCUCCGUCCCAGGCGUCGGUAUCUGAGAGACCGAGCUCCUGAAGCUUCCUCUGGAUAGCGCAGAGAAGUCGGAAGGCACAUUGCUGAAUCGUGAAGUCGGGCGUGGGGGUGAAUAUGAUGAAGAUCGUAGUUUCUCGGACAAGAGAGCCUCUUUGUCUUGGUCGACAGACAGCCGGUUGUAGAGUGGCCCGCUCAUGGUUGUCGGCGGGCAAGUCGUGAAGGUCGUUAUGAGUAGGAAGGGCGUUGGGUCGGACACAGCCCAGAGGCUGAAUACAGCCGCAAUGCGUGGGCGCCGCAGGCGACGGGUUUCUCGGAGUCACUACCGAUUGCCGCAUUUGGACGUGUCGGCGCUUGAUUAUUGUCUGGCGAUUCUGGUGCCAGUGAACAGCAAGACCUCCAAGUAGGCUGUGUCUGCUGCUCCAGGCGUUCGUUGUAUGCGCACAUC